AUGACGACUCUGACUACCGGUCUUGAUCGGUACCGAUUUUCUGAAAAUACGGAAAGCUCUUCUUCGACUCUUGAGACACGUACAAGAGAAAUCAAUGGUGAUACCGAACGACUCCAUCAACGUUUACGUGACAUAGCACAAGCAGUGCUCAAUGAUGAAGAUGACCGAUAUGAUGGACAUGAUGCAGGCAGAUCAUCGCCUCGACGUUUAUCACCUGUUCGAGGUGGUGCCGGUGGCACUGAUCGAUUCGAAUCACCUGAUCGAGGUUACAGUCGUAUUCGUUCACCACGAUCUCGCUCACCUCAACGUGCGACUCAAGCCUCUCGACCACAUUCCCGUAAUGUUUCACCAUCGUAUGGCGACAGUACAUUCAGUGCUGUUCAUGCUGCUUUGAACAAACGUCAAGUCCAGGUGCAUGAUUUACAAACCAAGUUAGAUGGGGCACGGGAAGCAAAUCAACAAUUGAAGGAUCAAUUGAAUCAAAGCGAUGCUGAACGACGACAAUUGGAUCAAAAAGCGGCUUCGUAUAAACUACAAAUCGAGGAGCUACGAAGACAAUUUGAUGAUACCGCGAACGAACGUGAUCGAUCGAAAUCAGCGUUGGAAACAUCGAAUUUUGAACGGACAAAUAUGGAAAAAAUUCGUCUGACAUUGAAUUCACAAAUCGAUUCAUUACGUGCUGAUUGCGAUCGUUUACAACAAGCGAAUACGGAUAUUCAACGUCAACGCGAUAUUCUCGAAGAAGAAAAAGAAGAUUUAUUCAAAGAUAAAAUUCGUCAAGUGAAAGAGAACGAACGUUGUAUAAAAAUCAUCGAAAAUCUCGAGAAUAAAAUCUCGCAAUUGAAACAAGAUGUCACAGAAUUACGCGAGCAAUACCACAAAGAAAAACUAGCCAAAGAUGUUCUCACACAAGAAAAACUUGUUCUUUCUGAUGCACUUUCACGAUCUGAAUCUUAUCGCGCUGAAGUCGAACUCGAGAUCAGCAAAGAACGAAGCGAAAGUGCAGCUUUACGAGAUCUUCUUUGUAAAGUUCAAGCACUUAACGAAGGUUUGGCUCAGGAUAAAAUUGAAUUGAAUAAGAUCAUCCUUUUGGUCGAACAAGAAAAGAAUGCGAUUCACAACGAAAAAUCUGAUGUUGAACUUGACAAAUCCACACUCCGACAAGAAUUGGUCAAAGUUGAACAAGAAAAAAUCGAUGUGGAGAACGAACGUGAUACCAUUCAUCAUCGCCUUCAAUUAACAGAAGUUAGUCGUCAACAAAUUGAAGAAGAAUUAAGCAUUGUUAACAAAGAAAAAGCUGAAAUCAUCGAACAAUUCCAACAUAUGACACGAUUGAAAAAUACAUUAGCUGAAGAUUUGAUCGCUGCGAAGAAAGAUAUCCAACGAUUGAGCGAUCAUAAUCUACGGUUGAAUAAAGAAAAAGAAGACUUAACGAAAGAACGUGGUAAUCUCGUUGUUGACUUAACCGGCUCCGAGCGUGACAAUCAAACAUUGAAUUCAACAAUCAGUGCCUUACGUGCUGAGAAAGAAGCUUUAGAAACCAGUCUGUACGAAGCGCAAAGUACCGUCAGUCAACUCGAAGUUCGUAAAGAACAAUUGGAAGGUGAGAAUCAAGAAUUACUUCUUCGCAAAGAACAAUUACAAAAUGAGAUACAACGACUUCAUUUGGAAUUGAAUGGUGAAAUUGAGAAAUCAGCUCGUACUCGUGAUCAAUUACAGCAACGAUUAACUCAACUCGAACAAGAUAAAGAAUCAGCUAUUCGACAACAUCAUCAAGCUCAUGAAGAUGAUGUUGAACGUAUGACACGUGAACGAGAGAAACUUCGUCAGGAACUGGAAGCUGGUCGAGAAGAAAUCAUUCGACAACUGUCACGUGAAAAGGAUGAAUUAAUUCAAAAAUACGAAAAAGAAAAAGAAGAUCUACAUUAUGAAUUGGCGAACAUUGUGACCGAACGUGAUCAAGCAUUAAUCGAAGCAGAAAACGAAAAACAGAAGCUUCUUUCGAUUGCCCAAUCAGAACGAAAUGCCUUAGCGGAAAAACUAUCGUUAACGAAAGAUGAUUUAUUACGUUUACAAGUUGAAUUCGACAAAGUUCGACGUGACGCUGCUUUACGUAACGAACAAGAUCGUCAAGUGAUUGGCUCUUUACAAGAUGAACUGAAGAGAUUCCAAGUGAAAUUCGAAGAUACUGCACUUGCUAAUGAUCGUGAUAUCAAAGCUUUAACUUCUGAUAUUGAACAAUUGCGUCAACAAAAACAAUUGCAAACCCAUGAGAAUUUCGAAUUGAAAACUCAAUUGAAAUUGACUGAAGAUAGUCGUGAUCAAUUAAAACGUGAUUUGAUAGAAAGUAAUCGACGUGUUCGCGAAUACGAAGAGAACUUGACUGUUCAACGAAAAGAAAUUCAGGAUCUGAAGCGCUACUUACAAGAUGAACAACGAGACAAAGAAUUAGCAUUACGUUCAGGUGACGAUCUUCGUACGAAAUUGAAGAGUGUCGAAAAUGAGAAGAUCGAUCUUCGACAAUUAUUCGAAGAAGCCAAACAACGGAUUAUCGGUAUUGUAUACAAGAAAAGCUCCUUUCCAGUAAUGAAAAGUG